UGAACCAACACCUACGAAUCUUCAUCGAAACUUCUCAAACUAACCAAACGCCAACAGCCCAUCCUCUCUUUAAUUUCUCAUCAAAUUCCGAUCAUCAAAUCAACUUGCAGAGCUCAAAAACAAAAGGAAACCGAAAUAAACUUUUCGCCUCCGCUACUUCAAUUGAAGCAUAGCCACAAGAAUUCGGCAGCCAUGGCAGAAGACGGAACCGUGACACUCUACAACAACACGGCAAUCACUGACGCCAAGAAGAGCCCAUUCUCUAUUAAAUCAGGGCUUGCUCAAAUGCUCCGUGGCGGCACCAUUGUCGAAGCGUCGACCAUCAGCCAAGCCAAACUUGCCGAGGAAGCCGGCGCCUGUUGUGUAAUUAUCACCGAACCCAACCGCCGAGGCAUUUCGUGCAUGCCCGAUCCUUCUAUCAUCAAACAAAUAAAACGUGCCGUCUCAAUCCCCGCCAUGGCUCGUUCCCGCGUCGGCCACUUCGUCGAAGCCCAGAUUCUCGAACGAGUAGGAGUCGAUUACAUUGACGAGAACGAGGUUUUAGCUAUAGCCGAUGAAGAUAAUUUCAUUAACAAGCAUAAUUUUAGAUCCCCUUUCAUUUGCGGCUGCAGGAACCUCGGGGAAGCGUUAAGGAGAGUGAGGGAAGGGGCUGCCAUGAUUAGAACUCAGGGGGACUUGUUGGGGACUGGUAACAUUGUCGAAACGGUGAAAAACGUUAGGUCCGUGAUGAGUGAAAUCAGGAUCUUGAAUAACAUGGAUGAAGAUGAAGUUUUCGCAUUUUCAAAGAAAAUUGCUGCCCCUUAUGAUUUGGUCGCCCAAACCAAGCAAAUGGGAAGACUGCCCGUUGUGCAUUUUGCUGCUGGUGGAAUUGUGACUCCAGCAGAUGCUGCAUUGAUGAUGCAGUUGGGUUGUGAUGGUGUCUUCGUGGGAUCAGAAGUGUUCAGCAACUGUUUGGAUCCGUAUAAGCGUCUUCGAGGAAUUGUGGAAGCAGUUAGGCAUUACAAUGAUCCUCAUGUGUUGGUGGAGAAUAGUUGUGGAUUGGAGGAGGAAAUUGCUGGCCUUAAUGUCACUGAGUAAAGGAUGGAACCCUUUACGGAAGGAGGAGCCUGAUCAAGCAAUGUAUCUUCUUGCUUCUUGUUGCGCGUAUGAUUGUAUCUUUGUUUCCCUUGCCGCUGUUGCUCUUUUACUUUUUUUUAAGAUGGUGAUUUAGUUAUGCUAUGUUUUACUUGUUGAACUCUUUGAGGAUAUAACUGCAGAAUAAAUUGAUUUCCUCAGUCAA